AUGGAGAGAGGAGAAAGAGAGCAUGGUGGUUGGCAACUAGUAGUCCAAAGGAAGGGUCCAGUCAAAUAUUCAGAUGAAGCUAGUAAGAGGGGCUUGUUUACAAUCUUUGUGGACAACAUUCUAGAGGUGAUGGAUCCUAAAAGCUUAUUUGGAUUGUUUUCAAAAUUUGGUAUGGUAAAGGAUGUGUUCUUACCAAUGAAGAGGAGAAAAGCAACAGGAUCAAGAUUCGGGUUUGUUAGAUACAAUUGUCUAGUUGUUGUUGAGAUGGUAGUAAAAAAAGCUGAUAGGCUAUGGUAUGAUGAUAAGGAGUUAAAGGUCAAAGGAGCAGAAUAUGCUAAAGCGUCUAGAAGCAAUCUAAAGGGGAACAUAAGUAGCAAUCAACCAAGAGGAAAUUACUAG